AUCGACCGGUUUUGAGUGUUUCCCGCGGUAAUUAUGGUACGGCAACGGUAACGGUAACGAGUACCAGUACCAGUACCAGUACUUAUCAUCCCGUACCUAAAUCGAGAGAGAGAGAGAGAGAGACAGACAGAGAGAGACCUGGAGAGCUAGAGAGAUCUGUACCAUAGAGCUGUAGAGCUGUAGGAGAGUCAGCACUGCCUCAAUGGGAAAGAGUACCGGUUGCGUAGCGUCCUCAUCAUGAGGAAUGAGGGAUGCUCUGUAGACACGAAUUUCCACCACGGAUUCUUCCAGCUUCUGUCUCUGUGUCUCUGCGCCCUCUUCAGUUCAGCUGCCGGCUCGCGACCGUCAGCAGCGCUUCAAUCCGACCGGGUUAGGUUCCUUUUUAGCGGUCGGGGAGCGUCCAGGCAGGAUGAUCGCUGGCGAAUUUGGGCGCAUUCCACAGCCAAGAAGUCGUCCGCUAAGUUAAGCUCGGACGUCGAGGCUUUGCAGUUUUGCAGGCCAUUAUUAUUAUUAUUCUUCUUCUUCUGGCUCUCUCGGGCUUCCCGCGGCUCAGCGCCCACGCCAAAAACAACCCCCAGCGAACCAAACCGCUCUCCCUUGUCAACCCGACCUCUCCCUUCCCUCUCGCCUCGUCUUAUCCCUCCGCCUUCCCUUCUCCCCCUUCGACGUCCAACUCCCUCUCUCUCUAUCUCUCUCUCUCUCUCUCCCUCCCUCCAUCCCUCCACGUCGUUCCAGUGCGGAUUCCGUACUGCGUGGCAGCUGGUCCAACUCCGGAUCGACUGGUCCUCGCCCCUUUCUCGUCUCCUCAGCCGUACGCCGUGCCUAGUCGAGUCCACACGGUCAUCCGUCUCCCGGGGGAUCUUGUUCGCCUGUCUUCAGGAAAGCUAUCCAUCCUGCGUUCCGUACCUCCUGAAGAAAAUUCGACGGUUCAAUCAAAUAAUAGCAGUCGUUGACUCGCUCCGUUCGGGUGUUUUGUGGUUGUCAUCUGUUGCUUUCCCCCGACGUCAACGUCCGCUACGUCGAUCCUGUCCCCCUUUCUGUUGUCCGCAGUAAUCGUCGACAUCUUUCGUCAUGGCAUCAUCCUCGUCGAACGUAGUGGGCGUCCACUACCGAGUGGGAAAGAAGAUUGGUGAAG